UUCGGUUUAAGAUGGCGACUCUCUAAGGCUCUCUAAUUGAGAAGUAAUCGGACAUCAGUACAUCACUACGUGUAUAAAUGGUAUAAAUAAAAUAAAUGGUAUCUAAAUCACAACCAAACAAUGCAUUUAGGAGCAAUAAAGUUAGCUCAGAAACAGAGGGAAGCUAAGCUAGCUGCAGCUUUUCCCAAAGGGAUACGUUGUCAAAAAUGCUUGGAAUUUGGACACUGGAGUUACGAAUGUAAAGGAAAACGAAAAUAUGUUCAUAGGUCUUCGAGAACACAAGUGAUGAAGAAAAAUUUGAAUAAAGUCGACAAUGCCAACAGUGGUCAACCAAAAACUAUAAAUAUCAAGGUAGAUUACGGCACGGCAAAUACAAGCAAAUCAAACAACACUUCAUCGAGCUCUGAAUCAUCAACCUCAGAUAGUAGCGACAGCGAAAGCAGCUCGAGUGGUACUACCAGUAGCAGUGGUAGUAGCAGCAGUAGUAGUAGCGGCGACAGUGAAUCUGAAUCUUCUAACAGUGAUCAACAGGAAUUUAAAACAAAUAAGCAGAAAAAACGUAAACAAGAAAUUAUCAAAAGCAAAACGAAAUAUAUUUAA